UUCAAACAGCUGUCAUUUAUUUAGAAAUGUCAUUUAAUAAUUAAUUAUAUAAUCGUGUAAUUAUUUUGUUUGUGGACGCUAUGGGUUGCUUCUACUCCAGGAGAAUGGAAGACGAAGAAACUGCUUACGACAUGUCGCCCAUCCGACAUCUUCCCGUCAUAUUUGUGAACGGCGUACCAGGCGCUGGUAAUCAGACAGUGGCUCAAACCAUCUCUACUAUAACAGGGUAUACGGUGAUCAGACCAGGAGAUUUGGUAAGGGCAGAGGCACUGAGGGAAACAGCAAGAGGGCGAAUGAUUGCGGAAAAAAUGCAAGCUCAAGAGGAAAUCUCAGAGCAACUAACAGUGGAUCUGGUAAAAGAGGCGAUGUUGACAAAGCGGGACGCGACCGGAUUCAUCUUGGUCGGGUUCCCGAAGAAUCCCAGGAUGUCAAAUAUUUUCAACAGGCAGGUUAAGUGGCCAGAGAAGAUAGUCGCUUUGGAAGUUGAUAAUGAGGUGGCUGCCACAAGACUUCAGAAUAAGCUUUCGGAAUUAGGAAGACCAGAAUCUGAAAUUAACGCCGCGAGACAGAUCGUCAGGGAAGCGGCGCAUAAAGUUAAGAAUGUUCAUAAGCGAUUCGGAGGCCAUGUUGUGACACUGGACAGCACAGGAAAUCCCAAAGUACUCGCCUCUACGUUGAAGGAGAUUCUAUCAGAUACCAUGGAGAAGGCCCAGAAAAGGUUUAUGCCCCCAGAAGCGUGCCCCCCCUCAGCGGUAUCAGCGCCAGCUGUCGCCUAUAACCAAAAGUGUCCCAUGUGUCCCACUAACCCAAUGGCGAGUGAUACGUCACCAGCAUCAGAGAUAGAGGGAGAGAAGUGAUCCGUAGUGUAAUUUUUUAUUGAUAUGUAUUUUAAAAUUUUGCUAUAUUAAAUAUAAAUGGUUAUAAUACUGUUUUUGAUCUCUAAGGAAUUUACAAAAAGGUUAAUAAUAAUUAAAGACUAUAUCCAACAAAAAAAAAAAACGAUU